GAUUGGGCGCUAUUUAGUGUAGGCUAUUUGAUCGGAGUAACCUAAUGUAAAACGUUUCCUUCUAAUUACAUUGUCAUACAUUUGAUCUCCGGCCUGAAAACUACAGAAAAGGCCACAUGUUCUUUCUACCAUAUGCUAUAUCUGCUACAUGAUUUACGUUAGAUUCGUGUUUUGACUGAAUGUUGGUGGAGCUCUGCAGCGAUACGUCUCUCCAACAGCACCCUGGAGAGGCGGCUGGGACCGGACAUGAUAAAUAUUUUUGCGUCCCUACCUUUUGACAAAGUGGGCACUGCUUAUCACAGGGCGGCAUCAGCGCUCACCUAAAAAGCCCAUAUGCCACUGGUUGAGAUAAACUGUCAUUGAUUUUCGGCAGAAUUAUGUGAGCUUUUAUCUGUUGUUAGAGGUACGUCUUUGUCAGUUUAGCUCAGAAAAUGCAGUCUUCGUCAAUCUGCCGCCAUAGCUGAGCAGUCUUCGUCAAUCUGCCGCCAUAGACGGCCGCCUGCUGCCUAAUUAUUCAAAUGAGGGGUAGAACCUUGGCAAAACUCCAUCAGUAUGACGCGUUAUUCCGGCGACAACCAUCCCGAAGCAACAUGGAAGCCCACAGUUGUGACAAGCGUGGUCUUGAGCAUUUAGACGAAUAUGAACCCAAACCAGCCAAACAUAUGCGUAGCCUGCACGAUCGCAUGGUGGAAAGGCGACUAGUAGUUAUUUUAGAGGGGGCAACGCUGGAAACAGUGAAGGUUGGCAAGACAUUUGAACUGCUGAACUGUGACCAACACAAGGGCAUGAUCAUCAAAAGUGGACGGGACCCAGGGAAGAUUCGACCUGACAUUACACAUCAGUGUUUGUUGAUGCUGAUGGACAGUCCAUUGAACAGGGCAGGUCUCCUGCAGGUUUACAUCCACACAGAGAGGAACGCCCUGAUUGAGAUCAACCCACAGACACGCAUCCCCCGAACCUUCAACCGCUUCUGUGGCCUCAUGGUCCAGCUCCUGCACAAGCUGAGUGUGAGGGCGGCUGACGGCCCCCAGCGCCUGCUGAAGCUCAUCAAGAACCCUGUGUCAGACCACCUGCCCCCUGGCUGCCCCUGUAUUUGUACCUCCUUCUCCUCUGGGGAGGCAGUGGGCGCCCGCACCGUGGUACCAGAGGAUGGGCCCGCCACUGUGGUGGUCGGAGCAUUUGCACACGGAGCGGUGAAUGUGGACUACACAGAGAAGACUGUUUCCAUCAGUAACUACCCUCUCUCUGCUGCCCUCACCUGUGCCAAGAUGUGCUCUGCCUUUGAGGAGGUCUGGGGCGUGUUGUGAUGAAGUUGACAGCGCACUGCUGCUCCAGCUAAAAAGGUUGUCAACAUGAACAUUGUCUUACAGGGACUAGAAAUGGAUUGGACAGUCACGUUCAGUCAAGGAACAUUGUACAGAAACGGUCCAUUUCACCAAUUACCUCCUGUGGAUUUGUACGAUACUAUGGGUGUAUGUAUUGUGUGUAAAAUAUGGUAUUUUACAUGUCUUAAUUACGGUAGUUUCAAUAUGAAAUGAAUACUGUUUUGAAUACACCAUCUGUAAGGACUUGACACCAAAUAUGGUCUUCCUACUUGUUUUUUUGUACAUGUAUCCAGUGCAUCAUUGUUCCCAUGGUUAUACAGUGGAAAUAAUCUGUAUAGUUUGUCCUCUGGUUUCUGUUGUUCCUUGUCAAAGAGACUGUAGGGAACAAAACAAUUUAACACAUGAUGGGGACAAAUCAUGUUUUCAUGUAAUCCUGGUCAAAUAAUCACUCUAUAUAUAUAUAUAUAUAUAUAUACUACUUUUCAAAACUUUGGGGUCACUUAAAUGCCCUUGUUUUUGAAAGAAAAGCAAAUGUUUUGUCCAUUAAAUAAAAUAACCUCAAAUUGAUCAGAAAUAGUGUAGACUAUUGUAGCUGGAAACGGCAGAUAUUUUAUGGAAUAUCUACAUGGGUGUACAGAGGCCCAUUAUCAGCAACCAUCACUCGUGUUCCAAUGGCACAUUGUGUUAGCUAAUCCAAGUUUGUUUUAAAAGGCUAAUUGAUCAUUAGAAAACCCUUUUGCAAUUGUUAGUACAGCUGAAACCUGUUCUGAUUAAAGGACAUUUCUAUGUGACCUCAAACCUUUGAA